UUCUAGUCAAUGGAUAGGUAGACUCAGGGUAGUAGGUGCAGAUUUUCGGAGCGUUAGAGAUGCGUUUGAGUUGGUGCGUGAAGUCAAGGUAUGUUUUUCAGCUUUUCAAAAACGGUAAUUUGGGACCUAAACUGACGUGUGACCUUCAUCUUUGUAGGAGUGUUUGAAGCAGUGGGCGGAUGGAGAAGAACCCAGGCUGUAUGCGCUGAUUAAUAAUGCGGCUCAGACUCUUACGGAUAGUGUUAAGAGAGAACAGCAUGCCAUGGAGCGCGAGCAAGACUUGAAGAGACAUGGGACGCAUCCAGGUUUGAUGCUUGGGGAAAAUUACACAGCGAGAGUGAGAGGUAGAGCACUGCUGUUGAUUUUGGAGAACGGGAAGGCACAUUCAACACGGAUGGAUGGCCCAGAAAACGAUACCGAUGCUAUGUGGACUCUAAAAGAAGUCGAGGCAUCAAAAGGUACCAUGACAAAAAUUGAGCCGUACGCCAAGUCAUCGUGGGUACAAGGCAUAUCCGAGAUCCCUUACGAAGAUGUUGGUUCCGCGCUUUCCGUCAAUACGUUUGUUCCCUUCAUCCUCUGUCGAGAACUCCUUCCACUGAUGGGUACCGCGGAGCUAUCACCAGCUGCGGCAUCAGGAAAGGCUCUCAAACCCCAAGGCUACGUCAUCAACGUCUCCUCGCGUGAGGGUAUCUUCGAAGACGGCCUUACGUCGAUGGCGAAACGGGGCAAGCACGUACAUACCAACAUGUCCAAAGCGGCGUUAAACAUGCUGACAGAGACCGAGGCGGAGCCUGCAUGGCGGACGAGGAGAGUGGCCAUGAACACGGUUGGCCCGGGGUACAUGAGCGCGGCACCAGAGUAUGAAGAUGCAUUUGAUGGGACACGACCGAUUGGAUGGGAGGAUGGUGCUGGAAGGGUAUUAUGGCCGAUUGCUGUAGCGGAGAUGGAGGGGCUGAUUGUCCGGGGAAGGUUCUUGAAGCAUUAUGGUGCUGUCGAGGUGGAUCCGGGGAGGGGGAGGGGAUGAAUAGUACUAGUACCAUCUUCUUUUUUGGUCCGCGGCAAAGUCACAUCCGGUGCUAGUAAUACAUGUCCUCGACACACAGCAAUGGUGUUUUGUCCAUGGAUAUCCAUGACGGAGGCAUGUCCGUUUUUUGUCUUUGGAGCCGUCGGUCCAUUUAUGUGGCGUAAAGGCAGGCUACAACGUCCCUGGUGUGGAGGGGUUAGUCUGGACAGUGCAAGAGGCGGGGCCGAGGUGCUGGCUUUGUCU